AUGCGCCUCGGCCGCCUGCACUUCCACUCGCCCAUCCGGCUAACCCUCGUCGGGCGCGCGAUCGCGCUCCUCACAUUCGAGGCCCUCUUCAACAUUGCCUGUUGGGUCGCAGCCGGACUCUGCUUCAGCCAGGCCGAUGGGUUGCUCGGUAUUGCCCUGCUGGCGUGGACGCUCGGGCUCCGCCACGGCCUCGACGCAGACCACAUCAGCGCCAUCGACAAUGCGACGAGACAGAUGGUCUCCAUGGGCCGCCUGCCUAUCACUUGUGGACUGUGGUUCAGUCUCGGCCACUCGACGAUUGUCAUUGCGGUCAACAUUGCUAUUGCUGUUAGCCGUGACCAACGCUCGUCCUUCUCCUCCCUCCCCCGAUCUCCUGUGAAUGGCAACAAUGAGGCUAACCCUAGCGUGGACAUCUACGACAAGCUCGAGGGCGUCGGCGCCAUAGGCGGCAUCGUCGGCACGUCUGUGUCCGCCUCCUUCCUCUUCCUCGUGGCAGUCAUAAACUCGUGGUUCCUAUACGACGCGCUCCGGCACCGCCGCGCUCGCAAGGCGCGGGAAGCCAUGGGCCUCCCGCCCGCCGAGGACGAGACGAAGGCGAUUCACGGCGGGGGAUGUCUCGUCCGUAUUGUGGGACCCAUCUUGAAGGCGGUGGACAGGCCCUGGAAACUUUAUCCGGUUGGCAUUCUUUUUGGAUUCGGCUUCGACACAGCCAGCUCCAUCGCCCUCCUCGCCCUCUCGGCCAUCGCCAGCAGGGACCAUAAGGGCAACGCCAUCUCGCACGGCAAGAUUGUCGUACUCCCCUUCCUCUUUACGGCGGGCAUGUCGCUUGUCGAUAGUCUCGACUCGAUCCUCAUGCUGUACGCUUAUGCCCAGCCUGAGCUGAGAGUCAAGGGGAGGUGGAGGAUUAUCGAGAAGAAGCCGCUCCUCGGCGAUGGUGAUGAGGGCGUGGAUGAGGGUCGGGAGGAGACGGUGGCUGAGGGAGGUAUUGAGGGCGAGGUCGAGAAUGUGGUGGUAGUGGGAAGGGAGAGUGAGGAGAGAAGCCAAGCUCGGAGGCAGGAGCGACUCGAAAGUUACGACUAUGAGGCUGCUGAGCCCGUCUUGCCUGCCGUGGGCCCGUCCACUUUACUCGAGGUCGAUUCCAAGCCCGACGACAGUGGCAAGGGCACCAAGCCCGACUCCAAGCUUGACUCCAUGCCGUCCGAGAUCACCUCCAAUCCCUUCGAGACCCCCGCCGCAUCCCCUCUCGACAGCACCAAGUCCCUCCCCCUCGUCACCGACCCGAACACCGACACGAGCACGAAACUCACCGCCGAAGUGCACAACGAGCUCGAACCCAACGCCCGCGUCAUGCACACCAAGACCGCCACCAUGUCCUCCCUCUCCAUCUCCCUGACCCUACUCUCCAUCGCUGUGGCGCUGUCCAUCUCGCUGAUUGAGAUCAUGGGCCUGAUCGGGGAACAGUGCACGCCGUGUCGCGAGGCGGCUGAGGCGGAGGACGGAGGCGGAUUGGCGGGCAGUUGGUGGCGUGCGUGGGCCCGCGCAAACGAUGCGAGCGGGUACGUUGGUGCUGCCAUUGUGGGGUGUUUCGUUGCUAUUCUGCUCAUCUAUCAUGGUGUCCGGUGGGGUGUGAAGCGACACAAGAAGAGGCAGGCGAUCGAAGUGUAG